AUGGACCAUAAUUUAAGCCAAGAUAACUCGAACUCAAAUACAGAACCAACUCAAGAAACAUUAGAUAUUUCAGAUUUAACUGUUUACGAAUCAAAUAUUCAAAAUAAUAAUAAUAAUAAUAAUAAUAAUAAUAAUAAUAAUAAUAAUAAUAAUAAUAAUAAUAAAAAUAAUAAUAAUAAUAAUAAUAAUAGUUUAGUUGAAGAAAAAAUAAAUAAUAAAAUUGAAUGUCCUGUCUGGGUAUCAUCAGUUGACAAAAAAAGAAAUGAUCAUUUAUUAUUUUAUCAACAUGGAAAUAAUGACUCAUUUCUAGUUAAUCUUGAAGAAUAUAAUUUUGUUGGAUUUGGUAGAUCUACAAGUCUUUGUAAUUAUGUUUUAACACACCCAACAAUAUCAAGAAAACAUGCAUUAAUUGCACAUGACUCAGAAGGUAGACUUCAAAUACUGGAUCUAAAUUCAUUACAUGGUACAUAUAUUGAUAGUAAAAGAAUUCAACCAUCAAUACCAACAACUUUAAAUGGCGGUGAAAGAAUUCAUUUAGGACAAGACACAAGUUAUUUUAUAGUUUCUCAAAGAAACAGUUACAAUCAACAAAUUGCAAAAUCCCUAUUAUCAAAAAGUUUACAAAUUUUUGAAAACAAUAGUAAUGUCAACAUUGGUAAUAGUGAAAAAUCAAUUCAAGAAUAUAAUGAUCAAUUAGUAUCAUUUUUCACUCACUUAAAUAAAACCUACCGACUUGAUAAAGAUGUCGAAGGAAUUAGACCAAUAAUUGAUCAAUUAAAAAUUUAUAAUUCAACAUCAAAUGAUUUUAAUAUUAAACAAUAUAAAAGUAAUAGUAAUAAUAAUAAUAAUAAUAAUAAUAAUAAUAAUAAUAAUAAUAAUAAUAAUAAUAAUAAUAAUAAUAAUAAUAAUAAUAAUAAUAAUAAUAAUAAUAAUAAUAAUAAUAAUAAUAAUAAUAAUAAUAAUAAUAGUAAUAAAAGUGUACUUGGUAAAAGAGUUGGCAGUGGUGGUAGUAAAAAUAUAAAAUUCAAUCAAACAGUUCAAAAAAUGGUUUACUAUAAUCAAGAACAAAUCAUUGAAAAUCCAUCAUUGGUCAAUGCUGUUUCCACUUUUUCUCAAAUUUCAAUCAAUGACUCCCUUCCAUACCAAUCAGUUACAAUUCAAUCAUCCCCAAUAAAAAAGAAAUAUUCAACCACUUUACCAGAUCCUAAAAAUUAUUACCCUUUAUUCCAAGAAAAAGAACAACAUAAUAAUGAAGAUGGAAAUCAAUUAAUAAUAAUAGAUGAUGAUGAUGAUGAUAAUGAUGAUGAUACAAUAGUUUCUUCACCAACUAAAAAACUCAAGUCAUCACCAAUAACUACCACCACUACCACAACCACAACCACCACAACUAUAAAAUUUGAACUUCCACAACCACUCCAAAUUAAAGAUCUCUUAAAUGAUUUUGGGUUUAAUAAUAACUCCUGUAAUAAUAAUGUUAAUAAUAAUAAUAACAAUUUAAAAGAAAGUAGUAUUAUCGCCAACGAUAAUGAUGACGAUGAUGGAUUCCCUCCAAGUAGUUUAGAUUCAACUGAAAGUGAUUCAAGUCCACCAUGCAAUUUCAAUCUCGUCCAAUUGUCAUCCCCACCAAGUGAUGAUUGUAAUUACCUACCAACUUCGCCAUCAACAACUGCUGCAUACUGA